UGCGCUCUGAGGGAGGUAGGUGUGUAAACGUACUGCGUAAGCAGGGGCUCCUGACGGUAGAUGACCUGGGGCUGAAUGCAGGAUAGGCAGGGCUGAAGGCUGCAGGAACAGCCUGUGCCCCCCUGAGGAAUCUCUCCAUCGAUCUGUAGCUAGGAUGAGAGGAAGAAGUGGAGGAGCAGGGAGAGAGGAAGAGACAGACGAGCAGAAUGAGAGGAAGUUGGAGGAGGAGGGAGAGACGGUGAGACAGACCAGCAUGCCUAAGCAAGCAAUCCUACCCUCUCAUCUCUCAGCCCUUUUUUUGUUUUUACGGCAAGGAUGGACACAUGAAGAGGUCAACGAAAAGGAUGACGACGACUGAAGGAUAAACGACAAGAGACAGCCUGGGAAGGAAGGAACAUGGAGAGGGAGGAAUGAGAAAGAGACUAAAAUAAGAGGAAGAAGUGGAACUCCAAAGUGCCUAAGAAGACUGUGAGUGGGUGCCUGACGCUCUGGUCUGGUCCAUUGCUGUUAGUGUUGUGGCUGUGGGAGUGUUUGGCUGGCUGGCGGUCUGCUGCCGCUGUGUACUGCUGCUGUCUGCGUAGGACAGGCUCCUUGCCCUACUAGGUGAGAGUAGAGCACAGCACAGCACUCUGUGUGAGUGUGUAAGCUGUCAUUGGAGUGCUUCUCGCUCUAGGACAGUGCCUGCCUGAACUACAAAUCCUUGCAUGCCAGGGUGAGGUGCCCCAAUUUCCUCUUUUCCUAUGAGACAGAGCUGGCCUCUGCUCACCGUCUAGCUCUGAGAACUCAUCCCAUCACCAGUGGAUCUGGGACCCGCACUUACCCAAGAAAAAACAACUACUCAAGCCCACAUACCCAUAAACUCAGUAAUUCCCAAAGGACCAGCUGUUCAUUUGUAUCCAGGAUAUUUUUCUCUCUCACACAUUCUCAUCUCCUCUUAUCUUGCCAAGGAGUAAAUGUUAAUCUGCAUCAGUGUUUUUUGUUGUUACCAAUUUUGUCCACCCCUACAUCCGUACCCACUUGCCCCCUCCUGUCCUGAGGGGCUGUGAUGGCAGUCAGUAUGGGAAGUAUGGCCAUGGGCCGGGACACUAAGUGGCUGACCCUAGAGGGGUGUCGAGAGUUUCAGAGGGGUACCUGCUCCCGCUCGGACGCUGAGUGUAAGUUCACCCACCCGGCCAGGAGCUGCCACGUGGAGAACGGCAGAGUCAUCGCCUGCUUCGACUCACUCAAGGGACGCUGCACACGUGACAACUGUAAGUACCUGCACCCCCCUCCCCACCUGAAGACCCAGCUUGAGAUCAACGGGAGGAACAACCUGAUCCAGCAGAAGACAGCAGCGGCCAUGUUGGCCCAACAAAUGCAGUUCAUGCUGCCGGGAGCCCAGUUGCAGCCCAUAACUACGAUCCCCAUGUCUACCAGUAUGUCAUCUCUGGCCACCAGUCCCAGUAUGCCGUUCAGCCCGUAUCUGAGCCACAUGGGUCCAGGGAUGGGCCUGAUGCCUGAGCUGCUUCCCCAGGCCACCCUGCUGGUCCCAGGGAGCCCCACCAGCUUCCAGGUCAUGGGCAACAGCAGCUCUCAGCAGAAUCACAUGCGCACAGACAAGCUGGAGGUAUGUCGUGAGUUCCAGAGGGGUAACUGCACGCGGGGCGAGGGCGACUGCCGCUACGCCCACCCCAUGGAGGCGGCCAUGUUGGAAGGCACUGAAAACUCGGUCAUCGUCUGCAUGGACUACAUCAAGGGCCGCUGCUCUAGGGACAAGUGCAAGUACUUCCACCCCCCCGCCCACCUGCAGGCAAGGAUCAAGGCCAGCCAGCACCAGGCCAGCCAAAACACAGCCGUCAACGCCAUGAAUGGACAUUCGUUACCUGAUUAUCAAAAGCACUCUGGUAUAUGGACCCCCAUCUAGAGAAGUUGAAAGAGAGAGGCUUAGCCAUACCAGACAGAUUCCUGCAAUUACCACAAGGCCUUGGAUCCUACAAUAGAUACCAGGAAACACGACACAAGGCACCAAAACUAAGUCAAGAUCAGCUUCGGGAUCAUUGCAGUCAGCUCUCUAUCUCAGUAUCCCAGCCCUGGGCACACCGGAAUCACUUCACAGAUCUCAGAGAAGAUGUGGUGCAUCUAACAGAGUCCAUAGCAGCUUAUGCAUCCCACUUGGAGAAGGUGAAUCAAGCAAUGACCAGACGUCACCAACAGCCCACUCCCCUACGUACACCAGAGAUGUUUUAUGGUACAAUGUGGACUGGUCAGCCCCCAGUACAGCACUCUUUUACAAGCUUUGGAGAAAGUGCCCCAAUACCACCCCCUCUUUCUACUGGACUUUGCUCCUGAAGAUAGAUUCCAGAGAAGGAAAUGGAUUGACAACUUGAAACUUCCAUUGACUUUCACUUUGUACAAGUAUGCCUGUAGUCCCGUGUAGCUCAGUUGGUAGAGCAUGGCGCUUGCAACGCCAGGGUUGUGGGUUCGUUUCC